AUGAGCUGGAUGGAUUACACAACCGAUGGCCCCGGGCCGGGCGGCUACAUGAUCCAAUCAACCAUUGGUAAAGCCCCAGCAUUUUCUUUGCGUGGAAGGCACAAGGAAAGCUCCAAAGAUGCAGGUCCUGGCCCUGCUCAAUAUGAUGUCACCAAUGGAAUGAAAGCGACCAAACGGUCUUUACCGUCAUUCUCUCUCUCUAGUCGCACUCAGACUCUUGAUAAGAAGAACGUUCCUGGCCCUGGUGCAUACACUGUGAGCGAUAUAGUCGGAAAAAAGAAGGCUCCUGCGUUCUCCCUCUCUGGAAGGCAUGCGGUCGCCGCCAGCAACGACAACCCGGGGCCGGGGGCCUAUGAAAACAACUACCUCUCCACGGGGAAGGACGCGCCGGCCGCCUCCCUUUCGGGUCGCCACCCAGACCUGGCCAAGAACACAAAUCCGGGUCCGGGUGCAUAUAAUGUAGACAAUGACCGCGUCAUCAACAGGUCCGAACCGGCGUUCUCGCUCUCCGGGAGGUACGACGUCACGAAGACAAACGAGACCCCCGGCCCAGGGGCGUAUGGUGUUCAAGGAGAGCUGGGUGGUCCUGCAUUCACCCUUCGAAGCCGUACAAAAAUGCAUGUGAAGCCAGUGGAUUAG